UUUCCCUUUUACCGUUAAACGGUAAUGCGCACUCAUCCUGAGUACAGUGUGUCCGGGUGAAUCAGAGAAGCUCACGGUUAUGGCCCAGUCAAAUAAACAGGAGGCUGGCGAUUUGUUCGCUGGCUUCCGCACGGGUUUUAAAUCUUUCGCCACAGAUGCCAUACACAUCGGCCAGGAGCCGGAGCAGUGGUCAUCGAUGGCUGUAGUACCGCCGAUUUCCCUCUCUACCACCUUCAAACAGCACUCACCGGGGAACCACGCUGGCUUUGAGUACAGUCGGAGUGGAAACCCUACCAGAAACUGUCUGGAAAAGGCUGUGGCAGCGCUGGAUGGAGCAAAACACUGCCUUGCUUUUGCCUCAGGACUGGCAGCCACUGUGACCAUUACCCACAUGCUGAAGAAAGGAGAUGGGAUCAUCUGCAUGGACGAUGUGUACGGAGGUACCAACCGAUACUUCCAAAGAGUCGCAGCUGGAUUUGGUCUGGAAACAACUUUUGCUGACUGUACGAAGCCAGAGUUGCUGAAAGCUGCUCUGAAGCCCAACACCAAACUGGUGUGGCUCGAGACUCCAACCAACCCCAUGAUGAAGGUGGUUGACAUCAAGGCCUGCUCUGACUUGGUGCACGAGCACAGCAAAGAGAUUGUAGUGGUUGUUGACAACACCUUCAUGUCUUCUUAUUUCCAGCGCCCCUUGGCUUUAGGAGCUGAUAUCUGUAUGUACUCAGCCACCAAAUACAUGAAUGGUCACAGUGACGUAGUGAUGGGUCUGGUGUCUUUAAACAACGAUGAUCUGAAUGAGCGACUGAGGUUUCUGCAAAAUGCCAUCGGUGGCGUGCCGUCUCCCUUUGACUGCUACCUGUGUAACCGAGGGCUGAAGACGCUACACCUGCGCAUGGAGCAGCACUUUAAAAACGCCAUGGCUGCUGCCAGGUUUCUGGAGGCAGACCCCAGGGUGGAACGGGUAAUUUUCCCAGGCCUGUCCUCCCACCCACAGUACGAGAUGAUGAAGAAACAAUGCACCGGGUGUCCAGGGAUGAUCACCUUCUAUAUCAAAGGGAAACUCGAGCACGCCACCACCUUCCUCAGCAACCUUAAAAUGUUUGCAGUCGCAGAGAGCCUUGGUGGUUAUGAAAGCUUAGCAGAACAUCCGGCGAUCAUGACCCAUGCGUCAGUGCCAGCGAACGAGAGGGCCAUUCUUGGGAUCAGUGACACACUGAUCCGUCUCUCAGUGGGACUGGAAGACACGGCUGACAUCAUCAAAGACCUUGACCAGGCACUGAACGCUGCUCACCCAAAGAAGAAUUGAAACAUCUGCCUGGCGUCCUCGAGCCUGAGGUUGUUGUGGUAACAAUGCUUGGAAGCACCUGAAAUCUAAAAACCAGAUGACUAUCAACACGUGGUGCCUCGGUUCCACCUUUCAGGAGACGAAAUGUUCUGGAAACAGGACAAAUUAUGUCAACUGUGAAUAAUUAUCACAAAUUUUACACGAUUAUCGCUCAAUGCCUGUACUAUCUCACUCACUUGUAAGCUUAUUUAUCUUAUGCCAGUUUUGCAUUGUUUAUAUAAUUGUCUAUGUUUUCUAAUUUUUUUUUGAAAGCUUUAUGAGAGAAAAAUCCCAUUUAGACAUCAUGAAAUGGUUUUUAGUAUCUUAACUGCAAAAACUGUGCAUUUACAAGUGAAAUCUGUAUUAAAGUGGAUUUUAUAAUGCCAACUUGUAAAAAAGACUUUUUUUUUUAAUUUAAAGCCCACGUUUAGCUUUUGCUUUCAUCUACUGAUCAAAUGUUAGUUCCUGUAAAUGUAAAAAAUUUCCUUAUGCACAAAAAAGAGCAGGAUUUUGGUGUUUCUUGGUGAGCACAAAGAGUCUUAAGUCGACAAAUUUACCACCAACACUAAUCAAAAGGCCAUGGAAUGCACUUGCCUUACUUGGAGCAGACUUUCUCAGCACCUACUUGCUGUGGAUGAGUUUUUAAAGAUGCAAGAGCAGGAGUUGUGUCUGUCCUCUCAUAGUUGGCAUUUGGGCUAAUGUGGAUGGCAACUUUUUCCAUCAGGUCGAGACUUAUUACGUUUUUAAUGGUUUAUUAACAAAAGAAGUCGGUGGAUUUUUCCCUUCCUUCCUACUCAUCCAUCACGUUACCAGCUCUAUGGUUAUAAAUUUAGGCUCAUGAAUAAACAUUUCAUAUUUCCUAGAGCUUCUCUCGCAGGAAAGAAACAGAAUGACUGUUAAACAAAUCAGCUAGUUCCUAUCUUUUAAGGUCAAAUUCAUAAUAACAUUUCAGGGUAAAUGUUAAUUUUCUCCAGAAAGAAAAGAACUUCCAUCUUUUAGCUUUCCGUUCAAUGUUCAGUUUUGCCUUACUUGUAAGCAUGCAUUGAUCAUUUAACCCUGAUAAUUCCCGAAACUCUAUUUACAUUAGCAGAGUUGUUAAUUUAACUUGUGGUCUUAUAAAAGCUACAUUUUAGUAAAUGAGGAAUUUAUUAAAAAAACGUAUUCAAGACGUAAAAAAACUAGAGUUUCUAAUUUGGAAAUGAAGGUACUAAAGCCCUGGUGAAGGAGUGGAACAGCCUGAACAGAGGUUCAGAGUGUAGGUUCCACAGCCCUUCAGGGUUUUGGGUGUCUUGCCAUGCUGGUGUUGGUCCACUGUGUUUGAUCAAGUCUAUCAUGCAGACAGCUACCAUUAAAUUUAGAGCAAUUAAGAGCACUUCAUGCUUCUUUAGACUGGCAAGCUCAAUUAAAGUACAGAUUUAAUUUUCUCUAUCCUAAGUACCAAAAAUGGGUUUAAUGACUGUGAUAUCACUUUGUCUGAUUGGAAAGCAAACUGGCCUCAUCUAAUUGGUGUUAUAAAGACGAAGAAGAGAGGCACCAGACCCAACAAUGCAGACAAGCUAAGGGUUGAUAUUAAAUCAACCUGGACUUCCUUAACUCCUCACCACAGCUGCAGGCUGAUCACCCCCAUAUAAGGUCGCAUUGA